GUUUCACAUCAGCCAGCCGCCCCCGUGAGUCGCAGAAAAAAAAAAAAAAGCUGCAGCGACGCGGUGGUCCCUCCAGAGGCGACGCUGGAGUUCACGGACACGAGUGAACGGCUCGAGGAGCGGCUUCUGUUAUGACGCGCGCGGAUUUAAAGCAAGAUCAAAGUUUGUAAUUUCAUUUUCGCGUUGACCCGCUGUUCGCAGACAGCGGAGAUGGAGUACUGGAGGCAGUGUGCGAUGUGGCUGAUCGGCUGCAAUGUUCUGCCGGCGAACCACCGGGUCACGGCGGACACAGCGCAGGUGUUCGACCUGGCGCAGACCCUGCGGGACGGGGUGCUGCUGUGCCAGCUGCUCAACAACCUGAAGCCCCACACCAUCAACCUGAAGGAGAUCAACCUGAGGCCGCAAAUGUCACAGUUCUUGUGCUUGAAGAACAUCAGGACGUUCCUGUCUUCCUGCUGUGAUGUGUUCAGCAUGAAGAAAAGUGACUUAUUUGAAGCCUUUGACCUUUUUGAUGUCAGAGAUUUUGGAAAGGUCAUGGACACUCUGUCAAAGCUCUCCCACACAGCAAUCGCACAGCAAGGAGGAUUCAAGCCGUUUCCACUGGAGGAGAGCCUGAAAGACGAGGAGAUUUACAACAACCUGGAGGACCUGAUUGAUGAGAAUGUUCCUGAGGACGAAGAUGACUUGUAUGCGGCGGUAUACGGGCUGGAAGAUGAGUAUGCGGGCGGCGAGAUCUAUGAAGACCUCAUGAAGACUGAACAGCAUGCACCACUGAAACAGGCAGAGGUUGACGUGCGUAGCUGCUGCCUUUCAGAGAUUAAGCAGACGGAAGAACGAUACACAGAAACACUGGAGUCCAUUGAAAAGUAUUUCCUGAAUCCACUGAAGAAAUUCUUCUCUGCAGCUGAGAUUGACAAAGUUUUUGUCAAUAUUCCCGAUUUGGUUAAAGUUCACAAGAGCCUAAUGGGAGAUCUGCAAGACUCCAUCCUGAACAAAAAUGCCCUCAACCUCUACCAAAUCUUCAUCAGCUAUAAGGAAAGACUUCUCAUUUAUGGGAUAUACUGCAGCCGGGUGGAGAUUGCAAUUGCUGUUUUAGACCUCAUCUGCAAAGAGAAAGAAGAUGUUCGCUUGAAGCUAGAGGAAUGUUCCAAAAGGGCCAACAAUGGGAAGUUCACACUGAGGGACCUGCUGGUUGUUCCCAUGCAACGAGUCCUGAAGUACCAUCUCCUGCUACAGGAACUCGUCAAACACACUCAUGAUGCAGCUGAUAAGAGCAACCUGAAGAUUGCUCUUGAUGCCAUGAAGGACCUUGCUCAGUAUGUCAAUGAAGUGAAGAGAGAUAACGAGACUCUGAGGGAGAUCGACCAGUACCAGAGAUCUAUCGAAAACCUGAAUCAGCCACUUGUCACUUUUGGUCGACCAAAAGGCGACGGAGAGGUGCGCUUGGUCUCCAAUGUUGACAAGAGGAAACAGGACAGGCACAUAUUUUUAUUCGAUGUGGCAGCCAUUGUUUGCAAGAGAAGGGGAGACAACUAUGAGAUGAAGGACAUACUGGAUCUUAACUUCUUCAAAGUUACCAACAAUCCCACAUCUGACAGAGAAGGCAAAAAGUGGUGCUACGGCUUCUUCGUGACUCACCAGCAGGGACAUAUGGGCUUCGAGCUUUUCUUUAAGACCAAAGAGCUGAAGAAGAAGUGGUUGGAUCAGUUUGAAAUGGCAAUCUCAAAUAUCCGACCAGAAAAGGCUAACCACAACUCCCACCAGUUCAAGAUGCACACAUUUGAAAGAAUCACUUCCUGUAGUUACUGUCACCUUUUGCUCAGGGGCAUCUUUAACCAAGGCUAUCGGUGUCAAAAAUGUGGCCUGGGGGCUCAUAAAGAGUGUUUGGGUCGACUGGAAGCCUGUGGGAGAACAGAUCCUGUCAAGCUGAGGCCCAAGGAGAACACAGCACCGCCAGGCCCAGGUUUACCGAGGAUGAUUGUGAUCAGAGACUACAGCGGCAUCCCCAGCCCCCUGUGUGGGCCCCCACUAAGCAUUCAGGCAGGGGAUGUAAUUGAGUUGAUGUUUGCUGACCUGCACAGCUCCUGGUGGCAGGGCAAAAUUCUGGCGACAAGCAAGACUGGCUUCUUUCCAAGUGAUGCUGUGAGGCCUUGCCCAUGUGUUCCAAAACCUGUCGAUUAUUCUUCCCAGCUUUGGUUUGCAGGGCUAAUGGAGAGAUACCAGGCUGAGGUGGAGCUCAUCGACAGAGGGAACAGCACUUAUCUGGUUCGACACCGGAGCAAAGACUGCAACGAAUAUGCCAUCAGCAUAAAGUUCAACGAUAAAGUCAAGCACAUUAAGAUUCUGACCAAGGACGGAUGCUUUUACAUCGCUGAGAGCCGCCUGUUCAAGACUGUGCUGGACUUGGUGGAGUACUAUAAACAACACUCACUGAAAGAGGGAUUCAGCAGCCUUGACACCACUCUGCAGGUUCCUUACCGAGAACUGUCCAAUGGAAACAUGCCUAAGGCCAUUACCAAGGUUGGCAACGUUCCUUCUGGCGGCUGCGGCUUUGUUCCUCCCUCCUUCUCGCCUUUCUGGUCAGUUAUUUCUCCCAGGAUAGUCGGUAUUGCAGUGGCACGUUACGACUUCAGCUCCAGAGACACGCGGGAGCUCUCUCUGCAGCAGGGAGACAUGAUCAGGAUCUACACCAAGAUGACCAACGGCUGGUGGAGGGGAGAGGUUGAUGGCAAGGUGGGCUGGUUCCCCUCAACUUACGUGGACGAAGAAGACUAACUGCAUUCGACGAUAAGCAAAAGUUGGCGACGUGCAACGACGGCCACCCUCCGUACCUUUACUCAGGUCUUUCCCGGAUAAAACCGGGACAUGGGAUGAAGCGGCGCUACCCUUUAAGAUCUUCUCCUGGUCGCUGGUAGACUCUCACGUGAGAAGGAGGAGGAGGUUGGCAAAAUGGAGAUUCCAGAGAUGUCAUGCAGUGUUGUGGUUCUGUCUGCCCUCUCUGUUCCCUCUCACCUUCUCCUAUUAUUGAUCACUGCUUUGGCUGUGGUAAUACCUGCCUUUGCUGUCAUCAUGUUUCGACACCUGGAAGGCUCAGUCGUCUAGCCGAAGCGCAGAUCCUGCUGACAGUGAACCGCCCAGGUACUCCCCACCCCCCAGGGAUGAACUCAGCUGCUGAGGAGCUUUGACCGUGGCAGGAACACAGGAGACCUCACUGCUUCUCUUUUCGUUUGUGUUCAGCUUUUCUUUUUUUUUUUUCCCUUCUCCAAACUUAAAAAAAAAACUGGACAGAUUUGAAGUUUCGUUUGUUGCUAUCUCGGACUCUUUAACAAAGAAUUAUGAAAUGUUUCAGUAUUAUGGCUUGUUAGACUCUGUUUGACAUGAAGAGGAAGGAGGCCUGUUUGAGGGGAAAAAAACUUCAUAAAAAGGAUACAUUUCCACCAGACUAUGGGGCCAAAAUUUCAGUUCUAAUAAUUCCUUUUUGUUUAGAACAGUUUAAAUGGUUUACACCUAGGUAGCUUCUGUUUAAACCCGUGCAGCUCUACAUGAUGUUUUUUCAGUCAGUCACACAUUCACACACCAGCAAUGCGCACGGUCGCCAUUUUCAGGAACAGAAUUUUAAAUCCACUCCAAGGACAAUUGCACCUGUCGAAGGAAUAGCGAACGAUUGCACUCACACAUGAGAUUCCUCUCAUAUGUCACUUCUGACAUGUGAGAGGACGGUGCUUUAAAAGAUACCUUUUAACAUGCAUUUAUUAAUGAAAACUUCUAUCCACAAAUCCAAUCAAAGACAAAACAAUGCAGGAUAAGUGGGUGAUGUAAUUAGUGGUACAAUCUCAUACCUCACCGUGAGCAUUCACUGUGGAAACCUGAGAGUCCUUUGCAUUCCAAAGAUUUUAGUGUUUACCUCAACUCUUCUUACUUUGAAAAUGAGUGAUUCAAGGGUGAUGUAACAGCUGUUCACUGUGGAGCGAAGUAGCACAAGGGCGUCAAAGUGAUGAAUUUUCCUUCAAACGCCAACGACCCGCUAACCAUGUGUGUGACAUCAAUAUUUAAUAAAAGCUUUCCAU